GUGCCAGAGCGCCGCGACCGGCCAAGAUGGCGCAGACGGUGAACGUGGGGGAGCUGACGCUGCCGCAGCUGGAGCUGCUCAAGGGGCAGCUCGACCAGGAGGUGGAGUUCCUCUCGUCCUCCAUCGCCCAGCUCAAGGUGGUGCAGACCAAGUACGUGGAAGCCAAGGAUUGCCUCAACGUGCUCAACAAGAGCAAUGAAGGGAAGGACCUGCUGGUGCCGCUCACCAGCUCCAUGUACGUCCCCGGGAAGCUCUUGGACGUCGAGCGCGUCCUGAUUGACGUCGGAACCGGCUACUAUGUGGAGAAGAACCCCCUCUUCCCCGCUUUGUCUCCCUUCUCUCAGACAGCAGACGACGCCCGAGACUUUUUCAAGCGAAAAAUCGACUUUCUGACCAAGCAGAUGGAGAAAAUCCAGCCGGCACUGCAGGAGAAACACGCCAUGAAGCAGGCCGUCAUGGAAAUGAUGAGCCAGAAGAUCCAGCAGCUCACGGCCCUGGGAGCUGCGCAGGGUGCGACCACUAAGGCGUAGCCUUCGGCCUCGUGGGCCGCCCUCCUCGCCAUCGCCACCGGGACGGGAGCGGAGGCCGGAUGGAGCCGUGGGGCGUAGUGCAGCCCCCCCACCCCAUCCCGGCUCUCGUCGUCUCAGUUCUCUGACAAUUCUUGGCCUCCCGCGGUGCCUGGCAGCACCAGCCCCCCCCUUUUGUAGGCAGCACCUCGCUGCUGCAGCACGGAAUAAAGAAGAGACUUCUUGAA